AUGACAAUCUACAUACUUAAUCAUUUGCAAGAAGCAACCAAUCCCUGGCUUCCAUCUCGCAAGUUCGUAGGCGGCGCCGCGGUUCGCCGUCGGCCGGUGGGCCAAGUCGGACUCUUUGGGGAUAGGUCGACGGGGUUUGUCCGCGCAUGUAACUGCCGCUCGGCCAUCUUCCGUGAGGCGACUACCGGCUCACACACUCUGACCGACGACUGCCUGCGUGGUUUACGCCCGCGGAACCUUGAAAUCGAGUCAUACUGGCAGCAGCCCCUUGUACGGUUCUCCGUUUAUUGUUACAUGAAAGAUGCGUACGACCAGGCCAGGCCCAUCGGGCCUCGACCGACAAUUUGCCUCCCACGGGCCAACUUUUACAUUUAG